UGCCGGCGCCGCCGCCUCCCCGCCCCGCCGCCGCCGCCAUGGCGGGUCGGAGCCGCGGCGCUGGGCGGCGGCUGCUGCUGCUGCUGCUCCUGGCCGGCUCCGCCGCCAGCCCGGCGGAGGAGGGCGGCGGGCGGCGGGAGGCGGGCGGCGGGGAGCAGGGCGAGGAGGCGGCGCAGCCUCACCACGACUCCUCGUACAGCACCUUCGCCAGCGAGUUCUACGACCUGCGCUACCUCUCCGAGGAGGGUUACCCUUUUCCUACUGCCCCUCCUGUGGAUCCAUUUGCAAAAAUCAAAGUGGAUGACUGUGGAAAAACCAAGGGAUGCUUCAGGUAUGGUAAACCUGGAUGUAAUGCGGAGACCUGUGACUACUUCUUGAGUUACCGUAGAAUAGGCGCCGAUGUUGAGUUUGAGUUGAGUGCUGAUACUGAUGGCUGGGUGGCAGUGGGAUUUUCCUCAGACAAGAAAAUGGGAGGAGAUGAUGUCAUGGCUUGUGUUCAUGAUGAUAACGGAAGAGUCCGGAUACAGCACUUCUAUAAUGUCGGCCAGUGGGCUAAAGAAAUCCAGAGAAAUCCUGCUAGAGAUGAAGAAGGGGUUUUUGAAAACAAUCGUGUAACAUGUCGAUUCAAGCGUCCUGUGUAUGUUCCCCGAGAAGAAACCAUCGUAGAUCUGCACUUGAGUUGGUACUAUCUCUUUGCUUGGGGUCCAGCAAUUCAGGGUUCUAUAACUCGUCAUGAUAUAGACUCACCACCCGUAUCAGAGCGUGUUGUCAGUAUUUACAAGUAUGAAGAUAUUUUCAUGCCAUCAGCUGCCUAUCAGACCUUCUCUUCUCCAUUCUGCUUGCUCCUCAUUGUUGCACUGACCUUCUAUUUAUUGAUGGGAACCCCAUGACUGAUGGAAAAUAGCAAGAAUCUGUCAGUGGAAGUUUCUCAGGAUGGACUGCUGUACAGAUGGACGAUGCAUUUUUCUAUUGGAAUUUAUAUCACACCACCAUCAUCAUCUAGCUGCUUUUGAACAUAGUUAGCUUCUCAGAAGAAUCAAAUAACCAUCUCCUUUGAGUCAAAGUGUGGUUGCUGACAAAUCGUUUAGGAAUUUCAGUAAACACACAGGAGCAUAUUUUCUGUGUUGUGACUCCUUGCUUAAAGGAGACUUUUGUAAAAUCAACAUGUGUGUGUGUGUAUGGGAGGGGUGUCUGUAUGUGUGUUUAGUCGAAUUUAGUGAUGAACAUCUUAUCAAAUAACAAAAUUGCCUUCCAAAUUGCUCCCAAAAAGCAGAUUUGGAAAAACAUUUCUGAACUGAAGAUCAGGAUACCAACACAGCAGUAUAAAACUUGCUUUUCAGUGUUGGACAGUUUUCUCAGAUUUUUUAAUGUUUAUCACUGUUUACUUGCUCUGGUACUUUCCAAAACUAAACUUGCAUAAUCAAGCAUUAACAUGUUGGGUUUUUUCAAUGGAAAAGAAGUGAUGAAUGUCUUUAUAACAAUAGUGUUUCAACAGCCUUCUUGAAAGUAAUGGCUACUUUUAUGAGAGAAAGUUAUUUAAGCAAGGGGAAGGGCGAAUACAGCAAUCGAAAUUCUCCAUACAUAGGAAAAACACAUGUAAAACAUAAAUAAUAUAAAAGUUCCCAAUGAGCCAUCAAUUUUGUCUUUCUGUGAAGAAAAAACAGUAAUAUUACUGACAAGUAAAUAUGUUUUUAAGCAGUUGUGUAGUAGUACAAAGUAAUCUGUUUUUCUGUGUUGUAUGCCUGUGUAUCCUGUUCUUGUUAAAGAUUAAUAUGAACAGCUGGUGUUAACUUAUAAAGAAAUGGAAACUGAGAUUAUUUAUAAGGAGAAAUAGGGAUUAGUAAGAAGAGCACUAUCUUCUAGUUCCAUCAAACCAUUGCUAAAAUGUAGUUACUGUGGAAAGAGAUGAGCUAAAGAGGAAAUACAUUUGAUUUUUAUCACCAAUAAAUAUUACAAAGAUAAGUGCUAAAUACUACCAAAACAGAAAGUGUCAAAAGGUUUUUAUGAGCCGCAGAAUACUAUGAAAAACUUUGAUUUCUUGUGAAGAAUUUGUAUUCUUCACAUAACAGGGAGCACAUUACAUGUGUAUAUGUAGUAGUCAAAUGUGCUUAGAUAAGCUUGCUCUUUCAUUUCCCAAUGUGCACUAAAAUUCUGUUUACAUAGAAUUAAAAUUUUAAUUGUGCCAAAGUUCUACCUAAUGUGGUACGCUUGAGGACUCUGUAACAUCUGGUAAAGUAUGUGAUGAACCUAAUUUCUAUUUUCAUUGCUGCGCAGAGUAAAAAGAUUAACUAUCUUUGCUGGGUUUGCAUCAUUAUUCACAGACUGAAGUUUGUAGACUAAUUUUUUUUUAAGCUCAGCAUUCUUCAAGUCUAUGCUUAAAGUAUGUGGAUUAGGUUUGAAGAUUAAUUUAUCACAAGCCACUCAUCCCUAUUUCAAAAGAAAGAUGGCUUAAUAAUACAUCUUUUCAUUGAUGUCUUUAAGAAUUUUUUCAUUUAAAAUUGCUGGACUAGAGUCCAGGAGGCAAAAGAGAAAUUCAGAAUGGAGUGAACUUUAAAAGUGAAUAUAGUAGCUUUAUUUAGUAUACGUUACUUCUCUCAAACAGGAUAACCUGCUCAUCAUCUGAUGAAAUAUGUAGUGGAAGCCACCUAAUAAGGAAGGUCUGCUUUGGUUCGUGAUGGCUGUAAAAUUUAGCCUUAAGAUUGGCUGAAGCAGAGAGCUGAAGCCUUGGAUCAUGAGUUUUAUGAUCAGCAACCAGGUGAAAUGAAGAAAUUAUUAGGGGAGAUUCUUUCUCCUUUGUGCUAAUUUCUAGGCAGCUGAGAUGGUGCAGUUCCUGCUCAGAGAUCACAGCUAUUUAAAUUAGCCUCAGGGUUGCUUGAGUUUCUGGCCUUGUAUUAGUUUCAGGUAUUUACCUGAUUACCCCCUAAAGGGCUAAUCUAAUAAUUGAAAGGUACUGAAGUAGGAUAGAAACCCAUUUUGGCUCCUCAUUUCUUUUUUAUUACAUUGCUGAAUAGUCUGGCUGGACACAGGCACAGGGAUAUAAUAAAGAUGACAAUAGUAAUACCGAGGUAAACUUGCAACACCCAUAGAGUUGCUUUCUACUUACAUGGAGUCAGACGUGGUUUAAAGUUUAGGCUCUGAAACAACAGCAAAUUCAGAGCCAGAGCUGCUUAAGGGUAUGUCUGCUGCAAAGCAUGAAGUGCUACAGUCUUCAUCUGUACCCAUGUUCACAAGGAGGGUUAAAAAUACUUCUUUAUUUUGUUGUUGUUGUUGUUUUGUUGUGUUUUUUUUUCCUUUUUCAGUUUACUUGUCAGUGUGCUGUGUGGUGCUUUUGUCAUCCUGUUUUUCUCUUGUUGAAGUAUUAGAAGAAAUGUGCACUUCUAUAAAAACUUUCACCCAAGCUUCAAAGUACUUAAUUAGCACUCAUUAAGUAUUUCUAACCAAAUGGAAGGAAAUAAAAGGCCACAACAAGCCGCAAAACAAUCUCUUGUUUGACAUUUCAAGUGAUGGUUGAGUUUAGCACCAAGUUUGUUGGAGAGUGGCUCUUCUGAGUGGAAAAAGCAGGAAUAUGAGAUUCAAGUUGACAAAUGAAGAAGAUACAAGUGUUUAGAAAUUACUAUUUGGGAAGAAUAUGAGAUGAAAAAUGCCAUAAGAAAAAUGAAAAGGCUUUAAUUCAAGUGGCAUUUAACUUUAUAUGAUACUUGGUAAGUCUUAACAUUUGAGUGGACAUAGUCACUUGCCAUGGAAGGUAUUUUGGGUUUCAUGCAUUUGUUUUUUUUCUUAUUAAUACUGAAAAGCAGGAUUGAUCCCUGUUAUACAAAGUUACUUACAAAGUAGCUUUAUUCAAAGUCAUUUAAAGUGGUAAUGGCAUUUCAAAUUUUUAAAAAAUUAUUUUUCUGAUUAAGUAACAGGUAACAACCCAAACUAGAGGAAAAAAUCUCCCUUGGAAAAGGAGGCAGACAUUUCCUUCUCCAAAUCAAGUAAUUUUUAGUUUCUCUGUGGUGGCUACUAGCAAGCAUCUGUUAAAGAACACAUAUCCAAAAGUGCUUCUAUUUUGAGAAUUACUUGCUGCAGGGUGACCUGAUACAAAGUUUGGAAAGUCUAUGUUUAGAAUAUGGUGUCCUUUGGGUGUUUAACUUUGUUUCUCAAUUAGAAAGAUAGGACUGGCAAAUACUGUAAGGCAUUAAUUAACAUCCUUGAAUAUGUUCUUCCCAUGCAGAACAAAACUCAGUUGUGACAGUUGGUUUUUAUGUUAACUGUAUCAUCCCCCUCUGCUCACUCUGUCUGUCUUAUCUAGCAUGUACCCUGCUACAAAUAGUAAGAUAGGUCUGAAAUGUCAAUAAUAAGGAGCAUAGGAAAGAGAGAGGAAUAAGUGGAGAUAAUGGACUUACGUGAAGUAAUUUUUUUCUUCACUGGAAUCAAGUAUGUAUGUGUAUUUUUAUGUAUAGGUGAGAUAUUCCUAGGUUCUAAUUGAUUCUCCCUACGCCCCUUCUCCCCCCCAAAAAAAAUUAAAAACGAAGCACAGUGGAUUUGAUAAAGUCAUUGGAUACAGGGUAAUGUGUUCUUCAAAAUUGUUAUAUGGGAGAUGCUUUGGUUUUCAAAGAGAAUGUAUUGAUGAGAAAAGUCUGAAAUCCCUCUGUGACCUUCUUGACUGGUUUUGCAAUACUUUGAUAGGAAGAAUGUAAACUCUUGUGUUCUCCCUCAUCUGGGGAAACCCCCAAACUGGGUUAAAUGUUGUCACAGAUGUGUUUGGCACUGACUUCUAGUUUUCAACACAGCAAUCAGAGAAUGACUGGAGUGUGUUGUGUAUCAGCAAACCUAGGCAGUGGUUUCGAUGCUUGCUCGGGACAGCAUAUCCUGGGUCUGGACCAACAGGUGGAGCCCUGCAACUGCCUCUAUGUACUCAAUGGCUACUGCAAAAUGGAAAUAACAAACAGCAUGACCCAUCGUACAACAAAUGCUUCAGAUAGGCAUAUUGUCUUUUCCCAAGCUGUAGAUAGUGUUCCUACUGUAAGAGUUAGUGUCUUGUCUUCCUCUGGAAAGUAUGGUGCUCCUUGUCACUAUGUCCUGUCCCGGUUCUGCAGAUGCCUUACACUGUUUAGCAAGGUGAUCCUGAGAUGAUUUAGCCCAGCUCUGAAGAAGAGUUAGUGGGUAAAGAGGACUGACACACAGCUGUCUUAAUGAUUAUCCAGAUAACCAUUACAAAUUGGUGUCAUUUGAUGAUACUCCAAUUUUCUAUAAGCAAGUGACUGCUAAAAAUCUAAGAGACAACACAGGUCUCCCAAUUUUUUGUCUGUCUUAUCCUUACUUUCCCAUCCAUUUAGUGCAUCCCACUUUUACAAAGAAGCAAAUUAUUCUCUAGUCUUUUUUAUCUCUUCUGGGGCCACUAGAAGUUUGUACCAUGGCAUGCUCUAGAGGCAGAAUUAAAGCUUGAACUCAAACUUCAUAACUUUUGUUGGCAUUUAAAUUGCUUUUUGUGAUUCUAUGUUUUUGUCAGUUUGCCACACUGAUGUGUAAGCAAGGGUCCUUCCCCUCCAUCACUGUUGGUUGGUUGUUUUUUUUUAAUAUCUCCAAAUAGUUUCCCCAAGUAAAACUAUUGGAUAAUAGCUUUAGGAGAAGGAAACAUGAAUUUCACAGAAUUACAGAAGGUUCUUAUAUCACUUCUUUUGAGAGACAAGUAUUGUGAGAGAGCUAGUAUUUUAUACAAAGUUAACUUUGUGUAGAGCCUUAGAUUGAUGAUAGAACUGGAAACAGGUUUGAAUAGUGCUGUUGUUGCAGUGUUUUGUGGAGCUGUGUAUGUGCAUAACUUGCAUGAAUUGACAUCCUCUGUUUCAGCCUUGCCUGCAAGGUGUGCAAUGAACUGGCAAAGCAGCCUGCCUGAGUGCUGUACAGUGAGGUGUAGGUGACUUUACACAGGCUGAGACAGAAAAGUGAAGAGACUGGUAGUAAGGCUGAAUGAUGAGGAAGGGCUAACGGUGUUGGCAUACUACCUAUUUUUGCCUGAGUUUACAUGUGGCAGAGCACGUCUGGCACACCAAUCACACACAAAUAUUAUUUGAUGUGGAUAGAAAGAACAGAGUCUGACUUCAGUGGGCAUGUAAAUUUUAUGCAGGCCCAAGCUGUCUGAGGGCUGAUGUUCACACAAGGUCAGACUGUGCCUCGAAAUGUGCUCUCCCAUCAAGCGCCAAGGUAAGACCCAGAGGCUUGAUCUUGCCUUCAGAGAUACAAAAACCUGCCAAGACCCUGUGGACAGUGAUGGCAGUCAGCUGCUGUGUAUGGACCUGCUCACUGGCCAUUGCACAAACUACUGCUGCAGCAGUUGGAGUAUCAAAAGACGGAGAAUCUACAUCUUAGUGGCUUUCAUUGUACAAUAUCUGUUUCCCUAAAUACAUUUUUCUUAUCAGUAUUUCUGUAAUGGUGUGUUAGUACCUAACACAAGAUCUCCCACAGCCUGCCCAGCAGAGACAUGGAACUAACUGGAAGGGGUUUUUUAAAAAAAUAAUUCAUUUUCCACAGUAUAAAAAUCAAUCUAAAGAAAAUAAUUUACAUUUAGGGACUGUAUGUCAACUUUUCACCACAUGUCACUUUUUAUUAGUAUGAAAUAAUAGCUUAAUUUUUAAAAUUAUUUUUACAGUGGGUUCGGUAAAGUUUUCUGUGCUUAAAUUUGGUUAUUAUCUAACUUGGGCUCAGAUAGCGAGGCAAAACCAGUGUAAUUUUGAAAUGUCAAGGCGGAUGUGUGCAGCUUGUGGAGCUGAUAGGUGUGAAAAAGCAGACUGAAAGGACAUAUUAUUUGGAAAUCUGAUUUGAAUUGGCAAUAGCAAUAAACCUGCCAUAAGGAAAGGGGUAGAUUUUUUUUUUUUUUCCCCUUGGAUUAUGAAGUAGUUUAAAUUGCACUCAUAGAUUCAUAGAAUAUUUCAAAUUGAAGAGAACCCAUAAGGAUUGUUGAGUCCAACUCCCUUCUCCCUGCAGGACUGCCUAAAAUUAAACCAUGUGUCUAAGAGUGUUGUCCAAAUACUCCUUGAUCUCUGGCAGGCUUGAUUCUGUGACCACAGGACAGAGGGGCCUUUUCCAGGGACCAACCAUCCUCUCAGCAAAGAACCUUGUCCUAAUGUCCAGUCUGACCUUCCUGUGACUCAGCUUCAUGGUAAUUCACAACUGUUGCUUUUGCCCUAGUUCUGUGUCUCUCACCUAAGUAGGAAUGUUCUUUCAAACCAGCAUGAGGUUGGAAUAUGUGCAGAACUUCACAGCCUGUAUUUUAGAACAGCUGCUGUUCUAUAAGCUAGUUUUGAUCAGCAAUUAGAAUCUAUUUAGGACUGUCCUUGCAAGGUGAACUUUUAUAUGGCACUCUUAAAAAACUUUCUGUAAAGGUGUUUUGCUCUUCAUAGACUAGAACAUUAGAGAAUUACCUGGUAGCAGUACGUUUCUGAGCUGUUUCUAAAUGAUACGUACAGAAAUUCAUGUUUACGUAUUUAAAGAAGAAACUGAAUUUUUUUAAAGUUCCAAGCAGCUGCAAAUCUUUUGUGACUCCAAUGCUUACUCAGGGCUGUGAACAUUUUAUGGCAACUGGUGAUUGCAAUGUGUUGCCUAGUUCAGUUUCACGCUUCUCUCUUAAGCUUGACAUUGUUCAGUCCAGUUUCCUAAGAUGGUUAUUAAUAGAAGACUAAAAAAAAGGAACAAUUCACUUAGGUUGUGUACCAAGGAAUAAAAAAUCUUAGGUUAAUGAACAUAUUCUUCCCAGAAUUAAGAUUUUAAUAUUUAGACAAUUUAAAUUUGCUGAAUGUAUUUUUGUGUGUGGGAAGUCUGAGAAUUAUGCAAGAGAGUUAAAAGCAAAAACUUAGUCUCUGCUUUGGCACUAAAAGAAGACAAAACACAGAAUCCUAUAUAUUCCCUGACUCCUAGCUGAUUUUUGGGAGGGAAGAGUGAUCCAGAAGAACAUAUAGAAAUCUGAGAAAUUUCCUGCUAGGAUAUUAUGUUUGCAUGUUUUUAUAUACCAAUCUUUAGUCGCCUUCUUUGGUACAAAAAUUAGCCUCACAUUAGUAUUUUUUGUAGUAGUAUUUAAAUUUUUUUUUCCAAACAAGAUGAAAUGACGCUAAGUUCAGUAAGUCAAGAAAAUAUUGUCUUAUAUGGUAUUAGGAUAACAGGAAAGGAAGCACAGAUGCCGUAUUUAAAUCUAGGAGGAAAAAGAAAUCUUAUUAUUAAGUACAAAAUAUGAUACCUGGUUCUGAAAUACUGGACUGUUUACGUGUAAAGCUAUGAUUCUAUUUUUCAGUUUUUCACAGUUGGUGAUAAGAAAGCAGUUAUAAAAAUUGAAAUAGAAAAAUAUUAGCACAACAGAUUUUCUUUAAAGCUGGAAGUAUCAUUCAAGUCUUGAUAGAGCCAAAGCUGAGAUUCCAAAACUCUUAACUCAUUAGAAAAAUAAAAUGUUGGGGCCCUGAUAUUUGUAUGUAAUGUCCCCAGCCUUUAUUUAGGCAGAUAUAUUUUGUUAGCGUAUUUGAAGAAUCCUGAGUUCUGUUUAGGUUAAAACAGAUGACUGGUAUGCCUUGGUAUUUCUGAUUAAUAUAUCCUGAGGUCUGGGUUGUUUUAACCUCUUUGCAAGCAAGCGGGCUGUCAUAACUAUGUUAACCCUUGCCACUUUGUUCUGAAUUACAUUAAAUGUACUAGUUAAAUCUAAACUGUCAUCUCUACCUUAUGAUUUUGUUUGGCGUUCUCAAGACUAAUACAUAGAUAAAAAUAAGUAUCUUGUAACUAUAGUGCUAAGUGGUGUUCUGUGUUCUUUAUGCUAGGCUCUGUUCUGUAUGCCAAUACCCAGCAUCCAUGAGAAGUCAAUGAGCAUUUGGUUGGGUAGGAGUGCAAAACUGGGGUUUUGUAGUCCAGAAGCUAUCAUCAAACUUCUCUAUUUUUACACACUAGUCUUUUCAGAAUAAUAACACUUAAUGAAUGCAUAAUGGAACCAUGGUGACCUACAAGACUACUUUACAAUCAGUGCAUGCCCUAAAAUAUUGCUUUGUAACAUCUGUUUUAUACCAAGUGUUUGUGUUCAAGUGAGCCUUGUUAGCUAUUUGACAGUGACCGAUGACAAUAUUUAUAAACCUGUUAUAAUAAAAGCCUUUUUAGUCUAAGAAAAUGUGUGGUAUGGCAUUUAUAAUAUAAAGGGGGAAUAAAAGAAGUCUCUAAGGUUGAAGAAGUUUCUGCUGCUGCCCUGGCUUAACAAUUCCUUUCCGUGCCAUGGACUUGAAUUAGUUACUCUGACUGAUUCUAUGUCAGUGAGGCUGGUCAUAGUAGCAGAUUAACAGAUGUGGGGAACUACUUUUUUUUUUUUCCUCCACCAUCAGAAUCACACUGAAGCUGCAGUUAAAUGUAAUCAUCUGUAUUUUAACAAAGUGUUAAUCCAAUUGUCAUUUACUAUACUUCAGCAGAAGGUAGAGGUUCCUGUGGUGACCUCUAUCCUCUGUUCUUGUAACUUAUUUGAUGCUACUGUAAUCAAGUUGCCAGUAUUACAAAUCUGGGUGUUCUUUAGCUACUGUCAUCACUGAGAAGGGCCUAUCUUGUUGCCAAUUGUCCUAGUAUAGAGGUGUCCUGGUGGUGAGCUGUCUGCAGAGAAAUGUCCUGUGGAGAGUUGUUGGUGGAGAGUUGUCCUAGACCUGUCUUCACUGCCCCAUUUGUUGGCCAGACAGAGGAGCUCCCAAAGCAGUUUUACAGACUUCUGCAGAAAAGAUGAUGAACUUACAUUGGACAUGGGGCACAGAGAGGAGGAAGUCCCACUUUAAUCAGCAAGCCAAAGCAGCUGAAGAAGUCACUUAAACAGGGAUGCUUCAAUUUCUUAGGUUUGAGCAGGUAUUUUAGCUCCCUGCUGUUGGUGGACUGAGAAGAACUGGCUCAAAGCACCAAGAAAUGUAUUGCCUUUACACUACGUACACAGUUUCCUGCCUUUGUAGUAUUGCUACCCUAUAGUUGCAGGCUGCAGGAAAGGAUGGGUCUCAUGAGUGUCAGCUACUUGUGCACUGUCCAAGCAAUCAUGAUCAACAGAGGCCUUAAAUAUACUCUAUAGAGGGUCUUAAACUGUAUUCUGUUUGUCCUGUGCUAUGUAACACUUGACAGAUUGGAAGGCAUUUUGUCACAAACCUGAUGAGGCCAAAAUACCCUUCUGUUACUCAGACUUGUGUAGAUCCAGCUCUUGUUCCAUGCACGUAGCUGCCGUGUGGGCCAACACUCCAAGACAGUGCUCUGCAUUUUGUUGAUCCCGAGGUCUGACUGGUGCUGUGUUUUGCAUGCUGGCCCACUCAGUGAAUGUCUUGUGUUGGUGCUGUUGACUGCUCUGCCAUACACUUACACAUUUUAUUCACCUUGUUAACUGAACAAGAUUCAUAGUCUUCUGUGUGAGUUAUUCAAGUAUAGCACUGCUGGUAAUACAUCAAAUAAAAAAGUUGUUUCUGCAAUAAAUUCAAUCACUGCUGUAAUCACUGGGUACAACCAGAGCCUAUGUUCCCAAGAGCUGGUUUUAAUUUUAUUUUUAUUACCAUUUUGUAAAUUAAUGUUUAAUUUGGAGUCAUCUCAUCAUAGGAAUUGAUCUGUAUAAAAGAUUAUUUGUUUAUCUUUAGCUCAAAAUGCAAAAGUAUAUGCUGAUGACCUAAAGAUGCAAAGUUUAUCUUAAUGAUGAACUUUAAGGUUUAGAUUUUUUUUUUCUUUGGUCCUGCUACUGUUGAAACUACAGUAGUUUGCUUUUGAGUAUUUUUAAUUCCUCUGAAGAAGAUAGUUAUUUUUCAUUAAACUGAGGUGAAUCAAUAAAGUGAGACUAACUUCAACUGAAUGUUCAUUAACACAGGUUAAAAGAAAUACCAAACGCGUGACAGGGAGGCACAGACUCAUUUUUUAAAUUCACAGGCCAGUGCUGACACCUUGUGGCUUUGUUACUGAGUUACUUCGUAGUUUCAUGUGCUUAUUGCGGGAAUAAAUAACUAUUAACUCUCUGUUGCCAGCGUUGUCUGUCUCCUCUGCUUCAUGACCACCUCUGUAUCCAAUACUUUGGUCUCAUGUGUAAGACAGCUUGUAACUUUGGAUUGUGCUGACUGCACACUGAGAAAGAACUGUGGGUGAUUGGGAUCUCUUGAAGGGGACUCCAAAAGCUUCAGUUCAGGGCACAAAAUCAUGGGUGCUAGUGCAGCAGCAGACAGAAGUUACAGGCUUCUCUCAUACUAGUUAACACCUCAUUUUCUGUUUCUCUGUACAUAAGAGAGAACUGAGAACUACCAAAACUUUCUAUGAGUACUUUAGGCACAUGCAUGUUUUCUACAUUGACACAAAAGCAUUCCUCUGCUGCCCUCUUCACACUUGAAGAAUUGCUAAUAGCAAAAAUGAAUCCAAAGGGAUUGUUGGAGAACUUCUGGUAAUAUAGGACCCUGAAACGCACUACUUAUCUGUGGCUGUAAGAAAUGCCCAAGCCACAAUGUGUCAAUCAAUGCAAUUUAUACCUAAAUUGACAUCUAAUUUAAGAUUGCAUACCAUUUGAAAUCUCAAACAAAGCCAGCUGUUAAGGCUGCAGUCACUGUUUGAAAUCUGUGUGGAAUAAAGCUUGAGGUGCUUGUCAUGUAAUGAUCACACAUCAGCUCUCACCUGAAAGAUUGUUUUCUGUUGUUUAUGGUCAUGUCCCUGUUAUGAAGAUUCAUAUUGUGGUAGGAAUUGAGUUAUAAAUCUUUAUUGCAUUGUGAGUUUGUAGUUUUGUUUGCUUGGGAUUUUUUUUUUUCUGUUUUGUGGUUGGGUUUUUUUUAAUUGUUUGAGGUUUUUUUAGAUUUGAUUUCUGAUAUGUUUGGUUGUUUAUAAUGAGUAGUGAAACACAGAAUUGCAAAGGAAAGGUUUUCUACAGUAGGGACUAAAGCCUCAGCUUACAUAAAUUAAUAAUUAUAGCUUCACUCAAGUUAAAGAGGUGACAUAAAUUUCUAUUCCUGAAGAACGUGACUGGCUGAGUCUGUUAUUAAUAAAUAAAAAUAAUCAAGGAAAUAAGAAUCUGCCUGUAAAAAUUUGAUUUGCUGGCAUCUGUUUACCUAACAGAAGGAUUUGUACUCUCAACUGCCUCCUGUGCAAAUCUUAGUUGACACUUGCUAAUUGAACUUUAAUGCAAUAAAUGUAUUAUAAUGAA